UUUUUCAUUAUUUAAUUCAGCGAGUUCAAGGAUUUUUGUUUUAUGUGGUGGUCUAAAAGAAAAAGAUGAAGACGAUAAUGAAAGUAAUUCUGAAGUAUUUACCACAAAAGAAGAUAAUUCCGAAUUAAAAUCAGAUGCUUCAAGUAAAAAAGAAGAUGAAGAUACAGAAAUGUUAAAUUAUCGUUAUUAUGAAAAAGAUCCAAUUCAUUGGUUGGAACGUUAUUUUGAGCGAGAAGGAGCAUCCAUGGAUUUUCGUUUCACAAAAACUGUUGAAGCUAAUGAUUUGGGAUUGGGCGAAAAAUCUAAAAAAUCUCGGGCAAAAGGAUCAAAGGAAGACGAUGGAAGCUCUACAUGGAUUUGCUCUAUUGAGCUUAUUUCUGAUGUUUCUCUAACUGGAAGUACGUUAGUUUCGGCCUCUGCACCUUCGAAGCGUCUGGCACAAUUGCAAUGUUCAUUAUUAGCAUGUGAAAGACUUGAUGCUGCUUGUCUUUUGCAAAUUUCAAAUUUAUGGAAUAAACGAAAGAAAUAUGCCGAGAAUGAUUUUUAUGCCGAGGAUGAAGAUAUUUUUUACGAUAGAACUGGGCAACUAGAAGAACAAAGAGAAAAAAGGAAACGUUGGUAUGAGGGAGAUGUUGGAGUAAUUAACAAAGCAAAAACCCAUAAUGAUUUAGUAAAUGAAUUAGAAGAAUUAAAUGAAAAGAUUUUGGUAGUUCAAUCGGAAAUUGAACGUUUAGUUGGGAAAGGCAGCAGCGAAUCUACAAAAAAUGAAGAUUUUGUUGAGGAAGGAAAAGAAAUUAAACGAAAUUUUUCGAUGAGAAUGACAAUUUCUCAAUUAAAAAGUAAAGAAAAGAAAUUAUUGGAAGAGAAGAAUAAAAUUGAGAGAUUGGUGGAAAUUACUAAACCUGCACAAAAUAUUUUUAUGAAAAAUAAUUUAAAUGUUGUAAAAUUAAAAGAAGAACAAAAUAUAAAAGAAGAAGAAUUUAAAGAAGAGAAAAUAAUUGAGUUAGAAGAUAAUAAUAUAGAAGCAAAAAUAUUAAAAUCACCAAUAAAAGAGGAAGAAAAGGAAGAAAAAACAAAAAUAUCAGAAUUGGAACAAAUUAAAGAGGAGGAAACUAAAAAAGGAGAAAGAGAACCAAAAUUUUAUGCUCCAGCAAUGCCUCCAAAAUCGGUUAUUGCUUCAAUUACUCCUCGUUUUGGUGUUUUAACAAAACAAGAAUUAAUUCAAAUGAAAUUACUUCAAAAACAAGAAGAAGGAAAUAAAGAAGCUUUGCUAGAAAAGAAACGAAGAAUUAUGGAUCAAAGGGAAGAAAAUAAAAUCAAAGCAGAAAAGGAAGAACAAAUUCAAAACAAUUCAUCAGAUAUGUAUGCUACUUGGCUUCCACCUGAAGAUCAGUCUGGAGAUGGGUCGACAAAACUAAAUCGUAAAUUUGAAGGAAAAUAUUAA